AUGCUAAUAACACCAUCUUCUAUGAGUUACCCUGACGUUGUAAUUGCAUGUAUAAAACAUAAGGUGUCUCUGGAAGCAUUCAGAGCGAUGGAGGCAGCAAGCGAUGUUGCGGGCAAUUUGACUGCGGGUUCUGUCAGUAGUGCCCGAGUACCAAAAAAACAUCGUCGUGAGUAG